GUAAGAUUUCUUCAGUGCAGAGGAAGUGUGACCAGAUCCUUCUGAUAAACAGCAGGUGACUAGUGUCCCUGGACGUGCUGUGUAAUCCAUUUGUCGUCUGUUGUGCAGGUGUCGAAGGACAAUGCUUUUCAGUGACCGUCGCUAUGGCAGAUGAGAAGAAAUCGCAGGCAACUUCCAAGAAAGGCGCGAAGAAAAUCAUCAAGAAGGCGCCGGGGAAAAGCGGCAAGAAAAGGAGCCGACGCAGGAAAGAAAGUUACUCCAUCUACAUCUACAAAGUGAUGAAGCAGGUUCACCCCGACACCGGCAUCUCCUCCAGGGCCAUGAGCAUCAUGAACUCGUUCGUCAACGAUAUUUUCGAGCGUAUCGCAGGGGAGGCUUCCCGCCUGGCCCAUUACAACAAGCGCAGCACCAUCAGCUCCCGGGAGAUCCAGACCGCCGUGCGGCUGCUGCUGCCCGGGGAGCUGGCCAAGCACGCCGUGUCGGAGGGUACAAAGGCGGUGACCAAGUACACCAGCUCCAAGUGAGACACCUCGCUGCUGAAAGCAGACACCAAUCCAAAACCCAACGGCUCUUUUAAGAGCCACCCACAAUUGCACUGAGGCAGCUGAACCGUUUUAACUUGGAUAGUCGAUGCUGGAGAAUCUGAGACAACAAGGUGUGGGCCUGGGUGAACACAGCAAGCCGAGCAGCGUCAGAGGAGCAGGAAUGUUGACAUUUCGGGGCGAGACCCUUCUUAAGAAAUUAGGUUUUAACUUUGUGGUUUAUUCUGGGUCUGUAUAAUUCAUGUCCCUAAGCUUUGUGUUUCGUUUUCAAUAAAUUUUGUUUAAAAAAAUUCGUGUGAUCCCUGACCCUCUGCCCUUUAUUCUCGGUUGCGUAGUUCCCUGACUGUUUUCCCUGCCUGUAUAGAGAGCAUAUUUAUCGUCACGGAGUCAUUUUUUUCUGCAACUUCUUUGUUUUCCGGUUACUCUUUAACCCUUGAAAACAAAGUGUGAGGAUGGAUGAACACAGCAGGCCAAGCAGCAUCUCAGGAGCACAAAAGCUGACGUUUCGGGC